GCACAUUCCUGUCUUAGCGAUUUUUGAAGUAGACAUACCUAGCUGGUUGCAGCAGAGUGGGAGAGUGGCUUGGGCUCGAUACAACUCUUUUGUGUGACAUCUUGGCUUCGUUUGAACAAGUAUUUUCACAUUUGCGCGUUGCGACUAAAAUUACCUCGAGAGUAUCCUCAGAAAAUGGUAGAAGCGGAACCUUGGGUAAUAGGACUCGUGGCAGGAUUGGCAGCGUUGAUUUUGGUCCUUAUUUGCAUUCUCGCUAUCUUUUGCGUUUUAUGGGCCAGGAAAGAUAGCCAAAGGAGACGUGAUGAGCGUGAGGAGCAACGCCGGCAGCGCCUAGCGGCUCUCGCCAGUAGAAAUAGUGACUUCAUGGGGAUUCAGUCUAAUUCUGCGUCUAUGGCAUCCUCCAACAACAACACCAAUUGGGUUCUAAAAGAAAAACCGCACGACUUAUUGAGUUCGCCGCCUUCUUUGACAAGAGCAGCUGGGAAUGAGCCUUUUAUAGUCGGCAAAUCAAUGGUGAAAUAUUCUAACGAACUUGACAGAUCAAAUAGCCUUCGACCAGGAACUCCGCAAAGAUAUGUCAGCCACAAUGAAGCUGAGCAGAGAAUGGUAAGGUUAGGAAUGAUUCCACCAAGACGCGACGAGUUCAACGGACAUUUCCCAGCAGGUUAUUACACGGAGCCUGGCCGAGGCAAGUCACAGAAAGGGAGGUCAAAAUCCCUAGAUAUAGAUGAAAGCAUAAGAUACCGCUUGGAAGUGCCACAAGGGGUGACAAUGCCCAGACCCGUUGGUUACGUUAAUGGAAACAUCCCUCCCGGUUAUCUCACUGAGCCUGGAAGGGCCAAGUCGCCUGCGGGUAAAGGUAAAGGUGGAAAGAGAGGGUCUAGAGAGCUUGAAAAACAGCGUUUUAGACAUAACAGUGAAGUAUUAGUACCUGUGAGUGAGGAGGUCCAGUUGUGGCCCUUGGAACAGAGCCAACCCUCAUUUACACUUCCAGAGGAAGAUUACAACACAACGGGAGCCACAUGGUAUCUUUCUCAAACCAAUGAUGCACAGGGCUUAUCCAGUGCAAGGUCAGAAGGUUCCCUCUAUCCACAUUCGUCAUCUCAGAACUAUCCAAGACACGGUCCACAAACGAAUAACACUCAGAACGUAAAUGGGAUGAUUGUGUCUGGGUCAAUACCACCAGAUGUUCCGCCACCCACUUCGCCAGCGCUGAUGGAGCAAUAUUAUGACGCUCAAGACACUACAAGAAUCAAGCGAGUAAAACGUGUCGGUGUACCGACUCUGCCAAAUUAAAGAGUCCUCAAUGCGUGUGCACGAACAUCUUAAACAUUAACUUGACAUCAACUUUAAAGGUUGUGCUUCGGAAACUCGGUUCGCUUCUCAGCUCAGCUUGACAAUGCAGGAGUUAUCUUUUGUAGCGGAUGGUCGCGUGGAAAAUGGAAUAAACUUUAGGAAGUACUGGUGCAAGCUCAGUCCCUAAUUGUGGCGGACUAUAUGUUGUAUAUGCCGAUAUUAUGCUGGUAACCUUUCAGUGGAUGUAGAGGCAAGAUAGUGGAUGAUGGAUUUGAUCUCUCGACAUUUUUUUUUUUACUUUAAUCACUCAAACACGCUCCUACUCAGCCAUCUUUAGUCCUUCAUCUCCUUCGAAAGUUUUGCUUAAUUUUGGCUGAGUCGACUCACGAUAAUGAUUGUACUGUUCUUUACUUGAUGCGUCACAGAGCAGAGCAAAUGUAAUUGUAUAUCACAUGGAUAUAAACUAUUCGUUCUUUUUAAAAAUCUAAAAAGGUAAAGUUUAACGAGUUUUUUUCCAGGAUGACUGAAGCCAUCUUUAAUCAAAAGUCAUGUGGCUGCUCAUUUCUUGCGGCAGUGGCAAUGGUGGAAUGAGUAGAAAUUCCACAAACGCGCGUCAAUCUUGAGUAAAAAUCAGUGAAAGAUUAAGCUCGCGAAGAUUAUAUAAAAAGUGUUCCCCUCCGAAAACACUUGGUGAAUGCUCUCUCAUGGCGAUUUGCAAUUGCAGAAGGAAUUAAUACUUGCCGGUUUCGUCUCAUUAAGCUUGUUUUUAAGUGUUUUGCUACGUUCUUUAAAUAUAAAAUAGGAAGAGAAAUAUCAAAACAAUUUAUUAACAUAAUCAGAGUUGUUUAUAUGUAAAAAUACGC